UUUAAUUUCUGCCAUUUUAAAAAAGAAAAGAAAAGAAAUCUGAUAAAGGCGAAUUAUAUAUUUAGAUAAAAUAUACACAUCAGAAACACUAUAUAGACUGUUUCCGAUCUCCAUCGCUGUAUUUCCUUUUCUGUGCCUUUGAAUCAACGAACCUUGGCCGGUUGAUCUGAUUGGUUACUGUUCCUUGAUACUUUCCAGAAUUGGAAUUGCGACAUUGAUCUCGGUUUGCAGUUUACCACUUCGACAAGAUACGGUCUGAUUCUGUAUUUAGCGUGACUGGAAUUGCAGUUUCUCCUAUAUUGUCCUAGAUUGUUCGUUUGCGAGGAUUUUUCUUCUGAAUUUGGGAAUCGCAAUCAGGCUUUCCAUGAUCUCAGUUCUGUAAUAUUAGUCACGCGCUUAUGAUGGAUCUGUAACACAGUCAGUUCUAUUAUGUGAGCUCUCCUUGUGAAAAAUCUGCUCAUGUUACUUGGGAAGAGGAGAAAAGGGGUCUGCGAUAUGGAUGCUGGUGCAACUUGGCAAAAUUUACUAUGAAUCAUUUAUAUAGAUGCUUAUGUGUUAUGAUGGGUUAUGAUUUUGAUCGUUCUUGGAGAUUUACUAUUAAUGAAUUGGUUUUUUAGUAGUUUUGAAGCUCAAUAUUUAAAGGGGUCCCACAAUUUGGACAUGAGAAGCCCCUGGUUGAACAAAUUAUAUUCAAUUGUCGGCCCCAGACCGCUGCGCAGCUGGUUUAUGCUGUGUUUCAUCUGCAUUCUUGCCCUAAUUGCAAUCUUGGGAUCGACCUUCUCGUCAAAUGCCUUUGAUUCUCCAACUUCCAGACCUUUACAUGACCGAUUUACAAAUUACAGAAGGCAAAAGGAGCAAGUUGCUGUUGAUUACUUGGAGCUGAAAACUCUAUCAUCUGGAGCUGGUCGCCUAGAGGAACUGGGUCUUUGUGGCAAAGAAAAAGAAAAUUAUGUCCCUUGUUACAAUGUCACAGAAAAUUUGUUGGCCGGCUUUAAAGACGGGGAGGAAUUUGAUCGGCACUGUGAAGUGGAAAGACAGGAAGAGCAGUGUAUAAUUCGCCCUCCAAAGGACUAUAAAAUACCGCUAAGGUGGCCAUAUGGUAGGGAUGUAAUAUGGAGUGGCAAUGUGAAAAUAUCUAAAGACCAGUUUCUUUCGUCCGGAAGCAUGACCAAAAGGUUGAUGUUAUUGGAAGAGAAUCAAAUUGCUUUUCAAUCGGUAGAGAGUUAUUAUAGCCACAUUGCAGACCUGAUAACCCCAGGAAAUGAAUCUGAAUUUUCGCGGGCUGGUGUGCGUAAUGUCCUAGAUAUUAAUUGUGGAUUUGGUAGCUUUGGAGCUCAUCUAGUGUCAUUGAAUCUAAUGGCUGUUUGUAUUGCGGCAUACGAGGCAACUGGAAGUCAAGUCCAGCUUGCUCUUGAGAGAGGUCUUCCAGCAGUGAUUGGCGAUUUUAUCUCACAACAACUUCCAUUCCCUCCAUUAUCAUUUGAUAUGGUUCAUUGUGCUCAAUGUGGGAUUGUUUGGGAUAAAAAAGAUGGUAUGUUCCUAAUCGAAGUGGAUCGGCUACUCAAACCCGGAGGUUACUUUGUUUUAACUUCACCUGCAAGGUCACUUGAGAGUUCAAUGUACAUGAAGAAGGGAAGCAUGCUAAUAGCAUUGAAAGAAUUCACUGAAAAUAUCUGUUGGGAGCCUCUAGCUCAAGGAGACGAGACUUCUAUUUGGCAGAAAACCGAACAUGCUGAUUGCGUAUCUAGCAAACAGAAUGCUGCUCCACUGUGCAAAGAAGGGCAUGAUGCUCAAUCAUAUUAUCAACCCCUUGCCUCAUGUAUAAGUGGAACCACUAGCAAACGCUGGAUUCCCAUUCAAAACAGGUCUACUAGUUCCCAGUUGAGCUCAGUUGAACUCGAAUUUUAUGGAGUUCAGGCUGAUGAUUUCAAUGAAAACUUACAGUUUUGGAGAUCGGCUUUAAAGAACUAUUGGUCUUUGCUUACGCCAUUAAUUUUUUCGGACCAUCCUAAGAGGCCGGGCGAUGAAGAUCCAUUGCCCCCAUUUAACAUGAUACGUAAUGUGAUGGACAUGAAUGCUCAUUAUGGUGGGUUGAACGCUGCAUUUCUAGAGGAAAAGAAACCAGUGUGGGUUAUGAACGUCGUGCCCGUUAAGGCUCGUAAUACUCUUCCUCUCAUAAUCGAUCAAAGAUUUGCUGGUGUUUUACACGACUGGUGCAAACCCUUCCCAACAUAUCCUCGAACAUAUGACAUGCUCCAUGCCAAUGGGCUUCUUUCACAUCUCAGUUCCGAAAGUUGCAGUCUGAUGGACUUAAUUCUGGAGAUGGAUCGAAUCCUACGACCUGAUGGAUGGGUUGUUCUUUCUGAUAACUUGGGAGCUAUAGAGAUGGCACGCAUGUUGGCAUCCCAGAUACGCUGGGAGGCAAGGGUGAUCGACCCACAGAAUGGAAGUGACCAAAGGUUGCUUGUAUGCCAGAAACCAUUUGUCAAGAAAUAACUGACGAAGUGUAAUGAGGUCCCACCGUCCCAAUCAUGGAAGUAUGCAAUGCUUCUCUCAGAGCAUGAGCAUGAAGCGUUUGCCAAUAUUAUGUGAAUUUGCUCAGAGAUUGAUUGAUUGUCUUCAAGUCAAUGGAAGCUGUGUAGAGUCGCUAAUUUUUUUCUAUUAUUUUAUUUUUUGGUCGAGGCAAUUGUAGCUAUUCAUUCAUCCAAAUUUUUAACCUUGGUAUUCUUGUUGCCGCAUAGUGGAGUUGAAGAACACAAUUCCCCCCAUCUUUUAAUCUAAUUGCAUGUUCUCU